AUGUUCGCUGCAGCCUUGAUUGAAGCUGGUUCUAUCGAAUACUACGAGCCAAUGCUCAAUCGCCCCGUACUCAACCGCGGUCUCCUCAUUAGUGCCAUACGCAAAACGCAGCAGAACAUCGAUUUCAUGGUCCCCUUCAGCGCACUCCUUGGCUAUUCUCGUCACCAGGAAUUCACCAACGUUAAGGACCGCGUAUAUGGCCUAUUAGGGCUGCAAACCGUUGAAUCAAUUCACACUGGCGGGGUAACGUUUGUCGUGCCUGAUUACUCGUUGUCUGACAAGGCAUGUUUCCAGCAAGUUGCAGAAAAGAUACUUAUUGAAGGAAAAGAUCUGAGCUUUCUUUCACGGAUACUAUGGCAAAACGUAGACAGCGAUGAUGGGCGCUCUUCGGUACCGUUUCAAGACUACCAAGACAUAAUCAGCGCACUUUCCACGAUAUACGGUCUACAUUGCCUUUUGGAAACGUUUGGAGAAUCAGACACUUUUAGAAAUACGGCUUUCGGCGAAUGGGAGGAGCACUAUCAUACUUUUAUGGAAGAACAUGCGGACGAGUUGAUAUACGACUUCGAUUCCCCGCUUCUGUAUUGGGGUGCUCGAGCUUUUUGUGGUGCUAUGCAUAAAAACACAUCGAAUCAGGUGGUUUUCAGGUUAAAGGAGAAUUACCUAGGCAUAGGACCAGAAAUACUCGAAGAAGGCGAUAUCAUAGUGUACUUCUACGGUGCGGAGGUGCCUUUCGCUCUUAGGCCUCAAGAUGGCCACUGGAGAUUCGUUGGAGAAUGCUACAGUGGACAGUCUGAAGCUUUCCGUAUUGUCUAA